CCAAAAUGGCAAAAUCCAACUUCUAAUCACUCACAAACACUCUUGACUCAUCCAUCAACAGUCAACAUCAGAAACUCAUCAUACAUUCAUUUACAAACCACAUUUCCAUCUUACAGAAAGUCCUGGACUUUACUAGAAAAUUAAACCCACAAAUUUUAUAAUAUUAAAAAAUCCAAAUCCAACGAUCACCAAACUCUUGCAUCUCAAUCCCACCCAAUCCAACGGUGGAGAUCAAAAGAACCUUCUAGAAUACUCUCCCUCCAAAACUUCCUUUUUAUAACUUGAUCAUCUUUAUCUCUCUCACCUAACCCAUUAAAAAAAAAAUCAAAAAAAAAAAAAAAAACUUGAUAAAUUCUCUGUUUUUCAGAUUUUCUGAAACUUGUUACAAUAAUCAUGGCAACAACCUCAGCAGCAGCACAAAUCAACAUCCUAGGAAAAACCAGCAACAAAAACAACAGUAGUUUCCUAGGACAAAAACUCAGGAACAACAGAGUUUCAGUACUUGUUAGCUCUAAGAGAAGAAAUGGGAAUAUUCCAGGACAAUCUAGAAGGUCCGGUGGUUUACGAGUGGUGAGUGAGAAGGUGGUGGGGAUUGACUUAGGGACGACAAACUCCGCAGUGGCAGCUAUGGAAGGAGGACAACCAACAAUCAUAACUAAUGUUGAAGGGCAGCGCACCACGCCUUCUGUGGUGGCUUACACCAAGGGUGGGGAUCGCCUCGUGGGUCAGAUUGCAAAGCGACAGGCGGUGGUUAACCCGGAGAACACGUUCUUUUCGGUUAAAAGGUUUGUAGGGAGGAAGAUGGGAGAGGUUGAUGAGGAGUCUAAGCAAGUUUCUUAUAAAGUUGUCAAGGAUGAUAAUGGGAAUGUUAAGCUUGAGUGUCCUGCUAUUGGCAAGCUGUUUUCUCCUGAGGAAAUCUCUGCUCAGGUGUUGAGGAAGCUUGUGGAGGAUGCAUCAAGGUUCUUGAAUGAUAGUGUUAACAAGGCGGUGAUCACUGUACCGGCUUAUUUCAAUGAUUCUCAGAGGACUGCUACUAAGGAUGCUGGUAGAAUUGCUGGUUUAGAUGUUCUUAGGAUUAUCAAUGAACCUACUGCUGCUUCAUUAGCAUAUGGGUUUGAGAAGAAGAAUAACGAGACGAUUUUGGUUUUUGAUCUUGGAGGUGGUACUUUUGAUGUUUCGGUUCUUGAGGUUGGAGAUGGAGUUUUCGAGGUGUUAUCAACAUCAGGUGACACUCAUUUGGGAGGCGAUGACUUUGAUAAGAGAAUGGUAGAUUGGCUAGCAGAAACUUUCAAGAAGAAUGAGGGUAUUGAUCUUCGGAAUGACAGACAAGCUCUUCAGCGCCUAACUGAGGCUGCUGAGAAGGCAAAGAUUGAGCUUUCGACCUUAACUCAGACAAGCAUUAGCUUACCUUUCAUUACUGCAACACAAGACGGCCCAAAACAUAUUGACACAACCCUCACAAGAGCAAAGUUCGAAGAGUUAUGUUCAGACUUGCUCGACAGAUUGAAGACACCCGUCGAAACUGCUUUAAAGGACGCACAACUAUCGAUUAAAGACAUAGACGAAGUUAUCCUUGUUGGUGGAUCAACAAGGAUACCAGCUGUACAGGAUGUUGUGAAAAAGAUGACAAGUAAAGACCCAAAUUGCACUGUCAACCCUGAUGAAGUAGUAGCCCUUGGUGCUGCUGUUCAGGCUGGUGUGUUGGCUGGAGAUGUAAGUGACAUAGUUUUAUUGGAUGUAACACCAUUGUCUUUGGGGUUGGAGACACUUGGUGGUGUUAUGACAAAGAUCAUUCCAAGAAACACGACACUGCCUACUUCCAAAUCAGAAGUAUUCUCAACUGCUGCAGAUGGGCAGACAAGUGUAGAGAUUAAUGUACUUCAAGGAGAAAGAGAGUUUGUGAGGGAUAACAAAUCACUUGGAAGCUUUCGACUAGAUGGGAUACCUCCAGCUCCGCGUGGGGUACCCCAAAUCGAAGUUAAGUUCGACAUUGAUGCCAAUGGAAUUCUUUCUGUCACCGCUGUUGACAAAGGAACUGGAAAGAAACAGGACAUUACUAUAACUGGUGCUAGCACUUUGCCUAAAGAUGAGGUGGAAAAGAUGGUUCAAGAGGCGGAGAAGUUCGCACAAGAGGAUAAGGAGAAGAGAGAUGCAAUUGACACCAAAAACCAAGCUGAUUCUGUAGUGUAUCAAACCGAGAAGCAGCUGAAGGAGUUGGGAGAAAAAAUUCCCGCAGCAGUAAAGGAGAAGGUUGAGAUCAAACUAAAAGACCUUAAGGAUGCUAUGGAAGGUGGCAUUACUCAGAAGAUUAAGGAUGCCAUAGCUGCAGUAAACCAGGAAGUAAUGCAGAUGGGGCAAUCUUUGUACAGUCAACCAGGAGCGGCUGGGGCAGGUCCUACAGCAGGAACACCCGCUGAUUCGACUGAAUCCACUGGAGCCAGUUCUGAUGGUAAUGGAGAUGUCAUAGAUGCUGAUUUUAGCGAAAGCUAGAUAGCAAAUGAGGAGGCUAUCUUGCAAAGCAUUUCCAUUCAGCUCACUAUAUAUACUGCAGCCUUACAAGUGUUCAUUCGCCUGCUAACUUAUGAGCCAUCUUGGUAUACCAAUGACGUGCAUAAGAUUACAGGAGAUCUUAGAAGUUAUCUCAAAAUCAAAAAUAUUUCUUGAGGAAAUCCUUACUUGAGUUGUGUUGUACUUUAUCAGUAGAAUUAGGAGAACUUGUAAAUUUUGGAUGAUUUGAAAUAAUGUUGUUCCGAAAGAUAAAAUGAAAAGGUUUAUUUGAAAA